AUGGGUCCACCUGCGCCUGCCUCUUCAAACAAAUCCCCGACAUCACCUGUAUUCGAUUCAAGUUCUCUAUCGCUAGGCGCAAAGCUCCCCAGUCCCACAGCCACCGCUCCCGCAGUCCAAAAGCUGCCCGCCGUAUCCCCGCCCACCGGCCUCGUCUUCGCCUUUGUCGCCACCGACGCGACAGGCAAGCAGACGACCAAGAAGAUCCAAGACCCCGCCACCAUUCUAGACGGCGACAUUCACGUAGUUCGUGUCUACCUCUCUCUCGAGAAUCUACCACCCUCACCCCUCCAUGACAUCCUCCUCAACUUCCAAAACCAAGGCCAGAACCCACUCCAGGAAAUCCAUCUCUGUGUUCGCUCGCUCCUCCGCCCAUGCCUCCAGGACAUCUACGAGAAUAGUGAACUAGAAGAGGCCAUGCUUUUCAUGGUUGAUCAGUGGUUUGCCUUUGGCACCGCGGUCAAGUUCUUCUUCCAUCGUCCUGGUGUAGACACUGCUCGCGACCGUUUCCAAAACUUUGUCGAGAAGGACUUGGUUCGGGCGGUUCAGGGUUUGGCAGAGGGCGAUGUUGAGUUGUCGGAGAUACUGGGUGAGGAGAGUUGUGUGUUGGGGAUGGGGGCGGUGGCCGGUGGGGCAGUUCGUAAGCCUGUCGUGGCCGAGUAUGGUGUUUAUGAUGAGAUGAUCUGA